GUCUAUCUUUGAAGUUAUUGUUUUGGUAAUCUGCACGGAUUUUCAAACAAAAUGAGUUCUGGUUCGAAUUUAUCUUGGUGCACUGCAGAUAACGAACCCGAUGAGAGUGUACAAUUUCUUGAGGGGAUGAGUGAAAAAAGUUUGAAUUUAAGAGUUUUGUAUGUAGUACCAAGACCACAACAAUCGAACAAUGUGAUUCAAAACAUUCAAAAUGAUCGAACUGUAUGCGAAUCGGUGGUGCAAGUACAGGAGAAUACAACAAUUACCGGCAGCUGUUGUUGUUGUAGGAGUAGUAUGAAGAUAAUCCGACGAAUAACCGAGCUAUACGCACUGAAAAUGCCUUGGAUUAUCGUAUUGUUGAGUAUCGUUCAGGUGAUCGUUUACUUUGUUGCUUGUAAUGACUCUAUCGCACUCCUUAUAUUCAAACCGCAGAAGAAAUACGAUCUCUGGCGUUUUAUCACGUAUCACACCAUUCAUUUCAAUUUAACGCACUUACUACUGAAUGUUGCUCUUCAGGUACUGAACUCGUCUAUUUUUCAAACGAAACUUUUCAGAAUUUUUCAGAAAUUCAACCGUCUCCAUCGCAAAGCACAUUCAAUGGAUACGGUAACUAUUCUUUUUGGUUUCUCAUGGCAGAUUCUCAUUGCGUUACCGUUAGAAACGACUGAAGGUCAUAUUCGAGUUCUGUUUGUUUACUUUUCUGGUGUGGCAUUCGGAGCACUUGGAUCAUUACUUUUAAACCCAACACAGGCAAUAGUGGGAUCAUCCGGUGGGAUUUACUCUCUUCUCUUCAGUCAUAUUAGUCAAUGUAUCUUGAAGUGGACACAAAUUUCACAUCGAACUUUUCGGCUGGCUGCCGUUUUGAUGCUAUUUUUCAGCGAUGUGUUAUUCUUAAUAUUGAAGCAUAUUUAUUGGAGCAACGUUGAACCAAAGAUUUCUUAUAUAGCACACAUAAGUAGGCCUUACCUUCAAUUAACUUCUACUUCCUGUUACAAAACUGUUUACUUUGCUUCAAUACUUUCCCUCGUUUAGGUGGUGGAAUUGCCGGGUUAUUUACAGGGCUGAUAGUUUUUAAGAAAAGAAACAAUCCAUCAAAAUCAUUGUAAAGUAAGCAAUAGAGAAGCAUUAGUUUCAAAAAAGGUUGAGUUUAGUAUCAGUUCUGCAGCAAGAGAAAAUUUAGGCGAUCAUCAUCUUUUGGAUUUGUAUCACAGCAGCCCGAGUAGCAAAAAUCUCAGGCUUACAACCAAAAUUUGUUAUAAAUCGGUUUCAAUUCAGUUAUUCGCAACAAAAUAUGUUAUAGAACAGUUGCAAUGUGGUUAUUAGGUAACAAGACAUCCGCUUUGUUAUAUAUAAGUUAUAGAAAAGUUAUUUUUAAGUUGCAGAAAAGGAGAAAUAUUUUAACAAGUUUACCAACUGGUUGCCAGAUAACUCAUAAUCUCAAAACUUUAUUGUAACGUUGCUGCAACUGCGAUUUGGUUACAUACGUAACCAUGAUACGUCAGUGCAUUUCACCUUGUCAAACAUUCAUACAAUUGGUCCAAGAAUGCAAUUCCUGUUGAAGAAUUUGCCAAGCUAAUGAGUUUCGAAAACGUUGGAAACGUUAAACGUUUCGCGUUGGUGGAUUUCAUCUAAUCUAAAACCAAUCAUUACAGUAAAAACAGAGAAAGCACAAAAAACAACUUGUGUUGAAACUACUUCAUUACUAUCUUUCUUGUUACAAUAACGUAAUUCAAGUUAUAAUUAAGUUACAUUCAUGUUAUAUAGAGGUUACAGUAAGGUUACUUCAACUGAACAUAUUGAAUGUAGAUAUGUUGCAUAAAUAAAUAAAAUUUGGCUGUCAUUAGAAUUCUUUCCGUAAGGCAUACAUCGCCUAAUCAAAAUUCUGUGGCAA